UCGGGCCGGCGCUGCGGGCGGGCUAGGCAGCCAGGCGGGCGGAGGCCGCGGAGGUCGGACCGGCUCGGACGGCGGAGCCCCCACGGCGCCUGGCGCGCCCCUCGCCCUCCCGGGAGCGGGGAGAUGCCGACCCAGAGGGACAGCAGCACCAUGGCCCACACGGUCGCGGGCGGCGGCAGCGGGGACCACUCGCACCAGGUCCGGGUGAAAGCCUACUACCGCGGGGAUAUCAUGAUAACGCAUUUUGAACCAUCCAUCUCCUUCGAGGGCCUUUGCAGUGAGGUUCGAGACAUGUGCUCUUUUGACAGUGAGCAGCUUUUCACCAUGAAGUGGAUAGAUGAGGAAGGAGACCCGUGUACUGUGUCGUCUCAGUUGGAGUUAGAAGAAGCCUUCAGGCUGUAUGAGCUUAACAAGGACUCCGAGCUCCUGAUCCACGUAUUUCCUUGUGUGCCAGAACGUCCCGGAAUGCCCUGUCCAGGAGAAGACAAAUCCAUCUACCGAAGAGGUGCACGCCGCUGGAGAAAGCUCUACUGUGCAAAUGGCCACACUUUUCAAGCCAAGCGUUUCAACAGGCGCGCCCACUGUGCCAUCUGCACAGACCGCAUCUGGGGCCUCGGCCGCCAGGGCUAUAAGUGCACCAACUGCAAGCUGCUGGUUCACAAGAAGUGCCACAAGCUGGUCACAGCUGAGUGCGGGCGCCACGCGCUGCCAGCGGAACCACUGAUGCCCGUGGACCAGCCUUCGCUGCAUCCAGACCACGCACAGACAGUAAUUCCAUACAAUCCUUCAAGCCACGAGAGUUUGGACCAAGUUGGGGAAGAGAAGGAGGCGAUGAACACCAGGGAAAGCGGCAAAGCUUCGUCCAGUCUGGGGCUUCAGGAUUUUGAUUUGCUCCGGGUAAUAGGAAGAGGAAGUUAUGCCAAAGUACUGUUGGUUCGAUUAAAAAAAACAGAUCGUAUUUAUGCAAUGAAAGUUGUGAAAAAAGAGCUUGUCAAUGAUGAUGAGGAUAUUGAUUGGGUGCAGACAGAGAAGCAUGUGUUUGAGCAGGCGUCCAACCACCCUUUUCUUGUUGGGCUGCAUUCUUGCUUUCAGACAGAAAGCAGGUUGUUCUUUGUGAUAGAAUACGUGAAUGGAGGGGAUCUGAUGUUCCACAUGCAGCGGCAGAGGAAGCUCCCCGAGGAGCACGCCAGAUUUUAUUCUGCAGAAAUCAGUCUAGCAUUAAAUUAUCUUCAUGAGCGAGGGAUAAUCUAUAGAGACUUGAAACUAGACAAUGUGUUACUGGACUCUGAAGGGCACAUCAAACUCACUGACUACGGCAUGUGUAAGGAAGGAUUACGGCCAGGAGAUACAACCAGCACGUUCUGUGGUACUCCUAACUACAUUGCUCCUGAGAUUCUGAGAGGAGAAGAUUAUGGUUUCAGUGUGGACUGGUGGGCUCUUGGCGUGCUGAUGUUUGAGAUGAUGGCAGGGCGGUCUCCAUUUGAUAUUGUUGGGAGCUCUGACAAUCCUGAUCAGAACACAGAGGAUUAUCUCUUCCAGGUUAUUUUGGAAAAACAAAUUCGCAUACCACGUUCUCUGUCUGUGAAAGCUGCAAGUGUCCUGAAGAGUUUUCUCAACAAGGACCCAAAGGAACGAUUGGGUUGUCAUCCUCAAACAGGAUUUGCUGAUAUUCAGGGACACCCAUUCUUCCGAAAUGUUGACUGGGAUAUGAUGGAGCAGAAGCAGGUCGUACCUCCCUUCAAACCAAAUAUUUCUGGGGAAUUUGGUUUGGACAACUUUGAUUCUCAGUUUACGAAUGAACCUGUCCAGCUCACUCCAGAUGACGAUGACAUUGUGAGGAAGAUUGAUCAGUCUGAAUUUGAAGGCUUUGAGUAUAUCAAUCCCCUUUUGAUGUCUGCAGAAGAAUGCGUCUGACCCUCCUGUUCCAUCUGUGUCUUCUACUUCUGUGGCCAUUUAAUGCAUGGGCAAACCUGUCAUCAGGUGGAUACAGUACAUCAUUUGAUACUUGCCACCUGUAAGAAAACACACAGUAUCUUCUAUUGUAGACUGUAAGAAUCAAUUAUCACAUCUAAGUUUAUGAAAAAGAAAUUAAAACUAGCUUCCGGACAAUCAUGUCAAAAUUUAGUUAUACUGGUUUUUCAGAGGCCUACUGAUGAGUAUUAGUUACCUUUUCUGUUUAAA